UCACUCGUGGCCGCAUCGUGUCCCAGCUGAUAGACAGUAAUAUUGUGCGAGAGUGAUACAAGACCCGAAACGCUUUUGCCUACGGGGACGUCAUGGGGCAUCCACCUCGACUCGCGGGGGCGACCCUCGCCUGCCUCUUACUACUGUUCGCGGUUACUGAAUCGGCCGUGAAAUGCUCAAUUGGCUGCCGUGGAAUGCAACCAAACAAAGCGUAUCACGAAGGGAAAACGUAUGUGUACAGUUUGGACGGUUUGUCGGUGACGUCGGUCACCGACGCGAAGGAAGAAGCAUCCCUUAAACUGGCAGCCACCGUAGAAAUGGCCGUGAAACCGGACUGCGUCCAUCAGCUAUGGUUGAAGGACGUACAGAUUAAUGGCGCGGCACCAUCGUUGCCGGACAUCGAGAAGUACACAGUCCAAUUCAAUUACCACGAUGGUCACAUCGACACGGAGCUCUGCACGCAACCGGGUGACUCCCAAGCGUCUCUUAACAUCAAAAGAGCAGUUGUCUCCAUGUUCCAAUCGGCUAUCAUGCGGGAGAGCGGUUUUACGACACACCACGAGAUCGACGUGAUGGGAUCUUGCCCGACGGAGUUCAACUUCCGCAAGGAAGGUGAAUCUGUGAUCGUAAACAAGAACAGGAAUCUGGAGCAGUGCGCGUUCCGCGAGAACGUGAACCAGGGUCUGAUCUCCGGUAACAUGGACACGGUAGCUGGGCUCAAGUCUUCACCGCUUCUCGCUUCCCACCAGGAAAUCGAGCAACGAUUCAAAAACGGUGUCCUGAACAAGGCUGUCACCAAGGAAACAUACAAACUGAGACCGUUCAGCAACGGUAACGCCGGUGCCAAGACCACCGUCGAGACCACUCUGACCCUGAAGGACGAGAAAGACGACAGCCCGCCAGGGGCCGUGUCCGUUCCGAAAUCUUUGAUCUUCGAAGCUCCGCACCCGGUGAUGAAAUCGUCUGCCAAAGCCCUGAGUAAUGCGUUGAACGCCGCCAAGGACGAAGUAGCCAAUGGCGUGAAGCCGGACGCGGCCGCCAAAGUCGCGGAUUUGGUGAAAGUAAUACGAUUGAGCAACAAGAACGACAUAAUGUCUGUUUACCAAAAAGCUAAGGGCACGGAUAAGAAACUACUGUUGGACGCCCUGUUCCGCGCAGGAACCGGCGAGGCAACGGAAGUCGGAGUGGAGUUAAUCAAGAAGAAGGAACUCACCGGUGUCUCGGCUCUGAUGUUCUACGCGAGCUUGCCGUUGGUGCGUCACGUGCAUUUGCCCUCGGUGUCGGCCGUUACGUCGUUGCUGGACCAGCCCGACCUGCCUCGACUCGGUUACCUCGGAGUCGGCCAGGUGAUCGGCAAAUACUGUCAACAACAUCCUUGCGAGAACGUGCCGGAAGUAAAGCAGGCGGUGCACAAGAUCCGCGAGAAGGUCGGCAACGGCAAGGCCAAGACCAGGGAACAGGAGAACCUAAUCAUUUCCGCGUUGAAGGCUCUGGGCAACUCCCAGUUCCUCGACGACGCGACGCUGCAGAAACUCGCGAACAUCGCAGCGGACAAGAACGUGAGGAACCGCGUACGAGUAGCCGCCACCGAAGCUCUGCCGAACAGGUGCUCGAUGAAAUGGAAGAACAUCUUGUUCAAAAUCUUGGGCGAUCGAGAGGAAGACAGCGAAGUCAGGAUUAAGAGUUACCUCGCACUGGUCGCGUGCCCGUGCCCGCACAUUGCUAAUCACUUGAAAGAGAUUCUGGACAAGGAGACCGUCAAUCAGGUCGGAUCUUUCAUCCAGAGCCACCUUAGGAAUCUGAGAGCGUCGACGGACCCCGAAAAAUUGGAAGCCAAGAAUCAGCUUGGACUUCUCAAACCGCGAACCAAAUUCCCCGAGGAUUUCCGAAAAUUCUCCUUCAACAACGAAUUGUCGUAUAAAAUAGACGCGUUCGGUGUCGGUUCCACCCUUGAAAGCAACGUGAUCUACAGUCAGGACAGCUUUGUGCCGCGUUCUACGAACCUUAACAUGACCGUCGAGCUGUUCGGGCGCAACUUCAACCUCAUGGAAUUGAACACUCGCGUGGAGAAUUUAGACAAGGUGAUCGAGCACUACUUCGGACCUAAAGGGAAGGUUUGGGAGAAGGAUUAUAAGGAUUUGAAAGAGAGCAACACGGGUAAAAAGAUCAGCAAGUACAUCAAGGAAAAAUACGAUAAAACUGUGCGAAGUAAACGAGAAGUGAAACAGGCGGACUUGGACAAUUUCGCGAAGAACGUGCAUCUGAGGAGUAACGAAGUCGACGAUGAUCUAGACGUUGACCUCUCGGUGAAGAUGUUCGGCGUUGAACUCGCUUACCUGAGCUACCAAGGUGACAUCAGUAAAGUGGACCCGGAAGUGAUCAUCGAGGAGCUGUUCGAGAAACUCGACAAAGGAUUCGAUAUAGCCAAGAACUUGAACUACGAGUUCGAGAACUAUCUUCAGUUCCUCGACGCCGAGUUGGUGUAUCCGACUGGUCUGGGAAGCGCUUUGAACCUCGGAAUCAUUGGGACGAGCGCGCUUCGCCUGAAAACCGAUGGCUCAGUCGACAUAUCGACUAUGUUGGACGACCCAGAAAAUGCCAAGUUCCGAAUCGCGAUGGAACCAAGCGUGUCCAUCCAGAUAGCUGGAAACAUGGUGGUGCAAGCGCCUGGAGUUGAAUCCGGUAUGAAAAUCGUCGGCACUCUUCACACAGCCACGAGCACGGACUUGUCUGUGUCAAUUUUGAACGGCAAGGGUAUCGACGUCAACCUGGGAAUUCCCAAAAAGAAGCAAGAACUCAUCAGCAUCAGCAGCGAAGUUUUACUCACUACUGGUUCUGGGGAUAAAUACGUGGCUCCUAAAUUCGGCAAAGGAAAGGAUCAUUCCGACUGCUUCGACCAAUUAUCCACCGUCCUCGGUCUGACCGUUUGCGGAGAGAUCAUGUUGCCCUACGACGAUUUAUACAACGUGCAACAGAAACCGUUGUUCCCGUUGAGCGGACCAGCCAAAUUCGCUGUCAACCUGCAGAGCAACGACGUCACUAAGUAUCACUUCAAAAUCUUGCUCGAUACUGAAAGUCACAAUAAACGUUCCUUCGAGAUUCUAUUGGAAACGAUAAGCAGAAAGUCCAAUAAGCAGAUAUCGUUCCUUUUGGAGACUGGCCUCGAGCCCGACAUAUACGCCAAAAUGAUCCUGGACUCGCCCAUCAAAAAAUUAUCCGCAAUGGCUGUACUUAAAAAUACUGUGCCAGAACGUACUCUGACGUUGACCGUCUCCCACGAUCAAAUGGAAUAUUACGGUCGUAUCGGAGUGCUGGCGAAUGGAAACAAAUACAAGCCAGUACUGGAGUACAAAUUACCGGAACAUAUCGCGAAUUUGGCUAGCGCAAAGACUGGAAUGAAACCGGGACAACAGUACAACGUGCAAGGUACCAUAGACGUGAGCGAUGGUGGUCACAAAUACGUGAUGGACAAGGUAGCUCUGACCGCUAAUGGACAAGAACUUGUCAUCAUCGACGGUUCUGUUAUAUGGAGUCCCAGUUCCUUGAAAGUAGACACGAAGCUAGGCUACGGCGAUAAGAACCUGGCUCUGAAAGUUGACGGAAAGAAGGUAGUCGCUGAUCAUUACAAGUUGUCCGUCUCCUGCGUGCCAUCCGCCGAUCCUAACAUCGCGUUCAAUUUGCAAUGGGAAUACAAGAAGGGACCGCAGGAUCUGGAUCACAAACUGAUCUUCGUCCACGGGCCCGAUCAGAAAUCCGAAACCAACCGUUUAUCGUUAAUACAGAAAGCUGCGUAUAAAAUGAACAACCCGAAGGAUCUUCAAUUGUCCACGAGCAACGAAUUAACUUACAAAGCGUUGAACUUGAAAUUGAAACUCGACGGAGAGCUUACUCGCAAGUCGAUCAGCACCGAUAUCGAGGCGAAGUACCUGGACUUCAAUUUUGGAACUGAGCUCUCCGCCAAAAUAGACACGAAGAAACCCGGUGACUACGAUGUAGAAUUGGAGGUCGAGGUGAUGGACAAGGGUUUCGAACUGAAAUCGAAACGUUCUAUCGUAGAGCCGCAGAAAUGCAAAUUCUCGAAUUCGUUGAAAUUAAAAUCGGGCGAGAAAUACGAGGCCGAUGCGAUAGUAGUUUACGAUGUUAGCAAGACUAAUUUAAAUGUCCAGCUAGACGGAGACGCUAAUCUGAACGGAUGUAAAGUAAAACUCGAAACCGUCCUCGAAGCUAAUUCGCAGCUCGUCAACUCCCGAGCACUUCUUAAAGUAGACGGCACUAAGUACAUAGACUUCCUGUUGAACGUCAAACCAACAGAUAAUCCAACUGGCAGCUUGUCGUUGAACUUGAAGAGUUUGAUAACGGUCAACGGUCAGUUCUCCUAUCAGAAGGGCAAGGGUGACGCGGCCCUGAACAUCGACAUUCCCAAGAUCAACCGAAAGAUCAAAGCCACUGGUACUUUGGCGGUUUCCGGCACCGAGCACGUAGGCAACGUGGAACUAUUCUACGACGCCGAAAAGGAUCCGAGCAAACGCAUCAAACUGUCCACCAUCUCUGACAUCAAGAAGAACUCUAUUGACAGCAAGAACACUCUAGAGUGUCUGAAUUACAAGUUGGAAUUGAACGGCAAAGGUAAACUGGAGGGAACCUUGACCAACGGUCAAUUAGAUUUAGACAUCGAUCUUACUUUGCCUAACAAACGGUACCUGGUGUACAAGCUGAAACGCAAUUCCGUGAACAAGGAUAGUAAAUACGACAUACAGGUGGCCAGCCAGUUGAUCGACCACGAAAAGAAGGGUGGACCAUCGAGGAAACUAGCCUACACGCUCGAUGUUAAGGAUCUUGAUCCUCAGUUGUACACCUUCCAAGGAAAGGCCGAAGUGAAGUUGGUUAAGACCGAUGGAAAGGACUUGACGCUGUCGUGGAGUGGCAAGAACCAGCCGAAGGGUAACAAGAAAAUCAAGAAUCUGAACAUCGCGCUUGAAGGAUCAUGCAUACCGAAGAAGUUCCAGCUUAAAUUUGGCUUGACCCAUGACGACAAAGACGGACAGUACACAGUCUCCUCAUCCUUGGGCGAUGAUCUCUCAUUAAUGAGCACUGGAGGUCUGGAGAUGGGGAACGAAAUCGACACACCUAACAAAGGAACCUUAGUCAUAGAAGUGAAAUUACCAAUCGAGAAACUGAAGAACUUGAAACUGGAGGCUUCCACAAGUUAUUUGGACUCAAGAGAGAAACCUGUGGUAGAAGACACUGAAACCUUGAAAUUGACGUAUAACACCGAUAAAACGAUCGAAUUGGAGACAUACCUGAAACUGUUAUCACCCACCAAGACCGAGGUGCCCAACGAAGGCACUGGAAAGCUCAGUCUGAAGAUUUUGGAUCUUGCUCCUCUGAAACUUAGCGGCAAUUACAAAUGCGAUUCUAGUCCUGAAAAGGCGACUCAUCAGCUAAAUCUGAACGGUAAUUACGGAGAGAAAAAGAUCAAGGUGGAGGCUAACUGCGAGGACCUUCCCAAAGUGAUCACUGUCAACGUUAAAGCUAAUGGCAACUACGACUCCAGACUGCCUGACGCCGAUCUCAAUCUCGUUUACAAGAGAUUCAAGGAUGAGAAUAAAAUGACACUUAACUGCGAAUCCAAUGUCGAAGCUCAAAAGUUCACUUUGAACGGUGAGAUCCAGCACCAGGAUACCAACAACUUGUUCCACGUGACAUACACUUGUCCAAUGGGAAAGAUCGAAAUUCUCUCCAAGAUACAAAAACUCGGUGACAAGGAAUUCAAAGGCGAAUGGAAAGUGGACACUCCCAAAGGUUUCGCGGUAGCCGAUGCGCAUGUAGACAUUGAAAGCAUCGACAAUUUCAUAAUUAAUGUCAACUUCGAUAGCGAUAAGAUACAACAUCGUAAGAUCCACGCCGAGAUCGCGAAUAAACCCACAGCAAAAGCCGGAAAGAGAGUCCUAGUCACUGUCACUAGUGAUGGUCAAAACAUUGUAACCGGAAGUACGAGCUACAAAAAACAUGACGAGGACGGAAAGAUCGUGGUCGAGGGUAACGGAAACUUGAAGAUCGGCGACAACAGCAGGAGCUCCUCCUUCAAAUACACUCGCCAACAAUUGACGCAGGAGAAGGAUGGCGAAAUCGGUGUCGCGAUGGUGUUGAAUGCGAACUUCGGACCGUCGGCUAUCGUAGGCGAACUGAAGCUCACUAAUAAGGAAGUGCACGUGUUCAACAGCUACUGCGAGCAAAGCAAAGACUGCGCUCAGUUCAAACUUCAAUCAAUCUUCAACGCUCAACCUACGCUGAGGCACCAAAUAACGGUGGAAGUCGACCUGAAGAAGUUCAACGUGCCCGCCGAAUUCGGGUUGAAGACCAACACCGAGCUGAAAAACCCGAUAUUCGAUCAUACCACGAAUCUCUAUCUUCACUCGUCGAAAGACAAAUCUGAGUACACUUACCACGCAUAUAUUAAUCCUAAAGAAUCAGCUUCAAUCUUGACUUUGCCUUCUCGUGAAAUUGCCGUCAUCCUGACGUACGAUCUGCCUAAGAGUAAACAAACCGCAUCGUACAAACUGGAUUUGUCCCUGUAUUUAGACAGGAAGAAUAAGCCAUCCGACAAGACCAGUCUAUCUGCCAACGGAGACAUUAACAUCGACAAGAGCUUCUCUCUUAGCGGUGAAACGAAAUUCACGUACCCAACCCAGCCCAAGGAUAUGAUAGUGAAAGGAAAUAUUCACAGCAGUAGCGAGCAUCCAUUGCAUCUCAACUUGGACAUCGACGUAUUCGCGAAGAAAUCACAGAGAAUUUCUAUCGCAGCGCUUAUUGAACGAGAACGGCUUCAAAAGGGCAUUAACAUAACUGGAUCGAUCGAAGUGAACAGCCGUGGUCAACAAUUGAAGCUAGAUUUGAAAUCGCACUUGGCGAUAUUCUUGAAUCAGUUAGAAUUCGGCAAUUCCAUCACGUACAACGAUGUUAAUCAGAAACCGAAAACCAUGGGCAUUUACUAUUCCGCCGAUAUAAAACAAGUAUCCGCUUUGAUCACCCUGCCUGACAAAGAAGUAUUCAGAGAUGAGUGGAAGAUGGAUAUGUCAAAGAAUGCUCUGAACUUAAACAGGGAAUUGUCCCUGCUAGGCGAGACGCCGCGAGUAAUGACGUUCGAGAUUAGUUGGAACUCAGUCAAAUUCGAAGCUUAUAGAAAAGACAAGCCUAACAGCAAAUUGAGCAUCAACGGACAAGUGGUUCUUGAUGAAAAGGCAGAAAUUCACGCGGACACCUAUAAGGAAGGCGCGAAAAGCAACCUGUUCCACAUUUUGAUCCACCUUGACGAAAAGCAAUUCCUCAAACCGGAAUUCGGUUACAGCAAAGAAAAUAUUGCUAAAUUAGUGGAGUUCCUAAAGAACGACAACAAAGAUUUGAUUCAAAAGCAAAGAGAUCUACAAAAUUAUAUAGUGGAAGAAGUAAAGACGGAAGGUAAAGAUUUCAUAGAUCACCUGAAGAAGGCAUCACCAAAUAUGAAGCCGCUUCUUGAUUAUUAUCAAGGAGAAUUGAACAAAAUGAAGGACGAGAUCAACGCCGACGAGAACGUAAAGCAGGUCCAAGCUGCUUUUAACAAGUAUUUCGGAGCGAUAGUCACAGCCGUAGCGGAAACUAUGAAACAAGUCACUAAAGACUUGGAAAAGCUGCAUCAGGCCUUACAAGAAAUAAUAAACAACGUGAAAAAAUCCAUGAACUCCGUCUAUCCGUCGCUGAAGGAAUCGGUCGACAAGAUAAUCGGCCAAGCAGUGGAAAUCACCGACGCAGCGAUGAAAGUCGCUAGCGCUUAUCUCACGGCGAUCUUGGAUAUUAUCAAGCAACAUGAGAAAGAAAUACAGGACGCGGUAAGCGUGAUUUCAGAAGUGGCUCACUCAAUCUGCAAGUUCGCCAAGAAGGGAUUGGAACCGAUCAUGCAAGUGGUAGAAGCAUUGACCGCUAAAGGGACUCCAGAGGAUUUCGAGGUAUUCAAAGAAAAGCUGGAACAGCUGAAGGACUUCCAAGUACCGGAAGCCAUUCUGGGCCCGAUCGAAGAACUGUGCAAGGCCUUCAAGGGUCUUUUGCCCACGGAAGAGCUUAAGGAUUUCCUCGAUGCCAUCUGUCAAUACGUCGUGAAGCACGGCAGACGCGAGAAGGUUGACGAGAUGAGCGAGCUCAAGAAUAUCUACGCCCGUUUAGCGGGUGCCAUUCACUCAAUCCUGCCGUUGUUGGAGAAGCAAGUAACACUGGACAAUCUGUUGGAAGCCGUCCAGAUCCCAGAGCUCGAUUUCAGUCUUUUGUCCAAACUCCCGGGCGUCUCCACCCUAAAAAUCUCUAUCUUGAACCUCUUGCGCAACGGCGAGCUACCGACUCCUUUGGAUCUGUAUUACACGUACAGACCGACUCUUGACCCGAAAGACAUCAUACCACCGUUCUCCAAAUCGGGAAUCGUCGCCGACGGCGGACACUUCUUCACGUUCGAUGGACGCCAUUUGAACAUGCCUGGAACUUGCACCUACGUGUUGGCACAAGAUAUGCAAGAUGGAAAUUUCUCCGUUAUAGGAAACUUCAACAAUGGAGUUCUAAUUAGUGUGACAGUAACCGAACCGAAGGAAAGCAUGACGAUCAAGAACAAUGGAAACAUUCUGGUGAACAACAAACCGAGCGAUUAUCCAGCGAACACGAAGAACCUGCACGCGUACCUGCUGCAGCCUUUCGCCACGAUCAAAUCUGAUUACGGUGUCCGCGUUACGUGCCCGAACAAGUCACCUAUGAUUUGCGCUGUCCACGUUUCCGGGUUCUACCACGGCAAGCUCCGCGGCCUCCUCGGCGACGGCAACAACGAGCCGUACGACGACUAUACUUUGCCCUCCGGAAAGAUCACCGAAAGCGGUAGCGAUUUCGGAAACGCAUAUAAACUGAAAUCAGAUUGUCCAGCUGCUUCUGCCGUAGAACCAAAGGGACGUGAUCCAACUUGUACGAAGUACUUCACUAGUGAUAAUUCACCCCUAAGUUCUUGCUUCAACUAUGUUAAUCCGGCUCAAUAUCGCGACGCCUGCACAGCGGAAAAUUCUUGCUUGAUGACCUUAGCAUAUCACAUGGCUUGCUACGCGAAGGGAAUCAUGAGUACCAAUCUUCCACCCACUUGUGGGAAUUGCAAAGUGGGAGCAAAUAAAGUCGAGAUCGGCGACACGUUCAGCGUGAAGAUCCCGAAGCAAGAGGCUGACAUAAUUUUCGUCGUGGAACAACAGACUCCGAAUGACAAAGUAUUCAAGGAAAUGAUCACCCCGUUGAUGUCCGAGCUCAAAGAAGAAUUGAAACAACAAGGAAUUUCAGACGUGCAUAUUGGAUUGAUCGGGUUCAGCGAAAAGACGAAGUGGCCGCAGCAUUACACGUUGAACGGAGACACUAACAUCGACGGCGAGGUGAAGAGCAUGAAAUUCUACGAGCCGGAACCGAUCAUUACUUACCAGGAAGCGAAGAAUGGCAGCAUAGAGGAAAAGCUCCAGUAUUUACAACAGAAAUUGAGCGUCGAACUGGGCACGUUCCGAUUGACCGAUGCUUACGAGGCGGCGAUUCACUAUCCCUUCAGACCAGGAGCGGCCAAGGCCGUAAUUGGCGUGAUCGCUAACCCCUGUGAAAAGAGCCCACUUCCUAUCUCGUUGCAACAAUUGAGGAUUCUACUGGGCCACAAGAUCUAUCGCGACUUGGGACUUACCUAUUAUCACAUAUCGUUCCCCAAGGAGCUAACCGUCUCAGGAAAAGCGCAACAAAAUAUCGUCGGAUAUGACCAGGACACCGUGUACACGUUCGCUGACAGCAAGAAGAAACCUCUCGUCGGUAACAGCGACAUGAAGAGCAAUCUCUCCCCAGCGGUCAAAGACGUCUGCGCUGACUUCGCGAUUCUGUCUGGCGGCGCGACGUUCAGCUCCGACAACUUCUUGGAUGCGAAACCGAACCAGAAGAAGCAGUUCGUCGCAGUGACCGCAAAGAAGGUCGCCGAAGACCUCGCUAAUUUAGAACUCGAGAAAGAUUGCGCGUGCAACUACCAGUAUGGUCUCACCGGAAGUGCCGAGUGUAAAAUCGUUGGCCGUAAGGAAACACCGAGUGCUGCCAGCAAAGCAGUGAAGGGAUAAGGCGAGAAUAUCGCGCAGACUAUAAUUAUUAAUUAAUUUAGUUGUAUCGUAUUUGUUACUUUGUUAUAAUAUGACAAACGUAUUUCGAUACCCGUAUGUAAAUUGCUAUCGCCGAGCUUCCCCAGCGUCGAGGGAAGCUAUCAAUUACGUAAUCGUACGGGAGGGAGGACUGAGAGUUUAUUACGCCGAAAUUUAUUUGAAAAAAUUCUUUUUAUCUCUUCGCAAAUCAUGAGUUAAUCAGAAAUCGUCAGUGUGAUCACUACUUAGAGUAAGUUCUUAUCCUGAGGAAACGUAGGUAUUAAUAACGUAAACUACGCCACUAUAUAAUAAAAGAGGGAAAGGUAAUUGUAUGUAGAAUAACGAGACAUGCAUCAGCGUGAUACGGGACCGUCGAUUCGAUUUACAGUAGGAUUUGUACGGCUUACCUUUAUUAAAUUAAGAUACCGAUGCUGUACUAGAGAAGCUAAUCUGAAUUCAAUACUGACCACUGUACCGUUCAUCGUCGAGACGAAUGAGAACCGAUUCUACGCGCUAGAUGAUACUAUGUGACAUAUAUGUACCGUGUGAAGAAAUAUACAUCCAUUGUUCUUAAAUGUA